AUGGGCGUCUUUUCCAACAUCCGCGGCCGCGACCAGGCGAUCGACGACAUGGUGCUCGCACGCGAGGCCGGCUCGGGCACGCUGGGCGACGAGACCAAGGCGGGCGACUUGGGCGAGUCGGCUUCGGACACGGACCCGGUCGAGAAGAACGAACGCGAGGUGCGAGCACACGGCAACUCCGUCACGACGGACGCGCAGCUGGGCGUGCAAAAGGCCGAGGCAGCCGCGCUGGUGUGGCCGCGCUGGGCCAUGUAUGGGACGUACGGCUGGAUCUGGGUCUGCUUCUUCAUGCUGGCGCUGCAGCAGUCGAUCCUGAGCAACGUGACGUACUACGCCUACUCGGCCUUCUCGACGGCGCCACAGCUGGCGACGGCCAACAUUCUGGCCAGCAUCAUCGGUGGCGUGCUCAAGCUGCCGAUCGCCAAGGUGCUCAACAUCUGGGGCCGCUGCGAAGGCUUCCUCGUCUUUCUCGCCAUCUACCUGCUCGGCAUGAUCGUGCUCGCGUCCAGCAGCGGGCCCAACAGCUACGCUGCCGGCUACACGCUCUACUGGAUCGGCUACGACGCGCUCUACUUCAUCAUGGACGUCUUCGUCGCCGAUACCAGCGGCCUGCGCAACCGGGCCUUUGCCUUUGCCUUUGCCAGCACGCCCUUUAUCUGCACUGCCUUUACUGGCCCGCGCGCCGCCCAGUCCUUCCUCGAACACUCGACCUGGCGCUGGGCCAUUGGCUCGUUCUGCAUCAUUCAGGUCUUCGUCUUCGCCCCGCUCGGCUGCGUCUUCAAGUACUUUGAGAUCCGCGCCCGCAAGGCUGGCCUCUGGGUUCCGCGUCCUAGUGGCCGCUCCCGUCUGCAGUCACUCGUCCACUAUUUUCACGAGUUCGACAUCAUCGGUGCCUUCCUCCUCAUGGCCGCCUGGGUGCUUUUUUUGCUGCCGUUUAGCCUCGAGUCCAACGGUCGGACCGGCUACCGCACAGCCACCUUUAUCGUUAUGAUCAUCCUCGGUGUCCUCCUCUUUUUCGUCUUUGCCGCCUGGGAACGGUUCCUCGCACCCACACACUUUGUCCGCUGGGAGCUCUUCAAGCAGCGCACCGUUCUGGGCGCCUGUGUCAUGGCUGCCGUGCUCUACUACAGCUUCUACUCGUGGGACCUGUACUACUACUACUUUAUCGAGGUGGUCUACAAUCUCGACGUGUCCGACACCGGCUAUAUGACGCAGAUCUACAACGUCGGCUCCUGCUUCUGGGGCCCGGUCUUCGGCCUCUUUGUGCGUCAAACCCGCCACUUCAAGUACGGCGCUUUGGUUGUCGGCCUCGGCCUCCUGAUGCUCGGCUCCGGUCUCAUGAUCCGCUUCCGCGGCCAGGACUCCAACAUCGGCUUCAUCAUCAUGUGCCAGAUCUUCAUUGCCUUUGGCGGCGGCACGCUCGUCAUUGCCAAUAGUAUGGCCGUUAUGGCUGCUGCUGAUCGCGAUGGCGUUCCCCUGCUGCUCGCCCUGCUCGCCCUCUGCAACUCGCUCGGCGGCGCCGUCGGCACGGCCGUGUGCAAUGCCAUCAACUCCAACACCUUUGUCGACGCCCUGCGUGAGCGCAUCGACAACGAGACCCUCGUCCAGGCCCUCUACAACGGCGGCGCCACGUACCAGAUGACCUACCUGCCCGGCGACCCGAUUCGCGAGGCCACCAACUACGCCUGGGGCUGGAGCCAGAAGUGGAAUUGCGUCUCGUCCACCGCAAUCCUCGUGCUCGGCAUCCCCGCCAUCAUGGUUUGGAAGAACUACAGCGUCGACAAGAAGCAGAACAAGGGCAACGUCAUCUAG